AUGGCGGGAAAGUACCUUUUGACCGGAGGAUAUGUGGCGACCUUGGACGACUCGCUUGGAGACUUCCCUAAGGGUGCCGUGUUAGUUGAGCAUGGCAUCAUCAAAGCAGUGGGAAAGGUCGAAGACUUUUCGACCACGGACGCUGAGAUCAUCGACACGACCGAUGGUGUGGUGAUCCCCGGAAUGGUGGACACUCAUCGUCAUGUUUCUAUGUCGCUGACCCGCGGCAUUGGAGCCGACCAGCCCUUGAUGCAAUUUCUGUCCAACACCUACCUUAGGUGGCUGCCCGCUACUGGAGUUGAAGAUAUGCAUCUUUCCGCUCUUGUCGGCGCGCUCGAGGCGCUUGAUUGCGGUGUCACAACAAUCAUUGAUACGUGCGAGUCCUUCCACUCUAGAGAACAUGCUGAGGCCGAGCUGCAAGGACUUAAGGAUUCCGGAAUUCGUGCCUUUUACGGUUACGGCAUGUGUGAUGGCGAGUACAACGGAGUACCUGUCGGAAGAGACGCUUGGAAAGCUCGUUUGGACCACCUUACCGAGAUGCAUGCAGCCAACUCGUCUAGUGAAAGCUUGGUCAAGGUUGCAUUACAACUCAGUAUUCCCGGUACAGUUCCCUUUGAUCUGACGGCGAAGGAGAUUAAGCAUGCGCAAGAGCACAAAAUGCUGUGUUGCUCUCAUUCGUGCGCUCUCAAAAACUCUGUCAUCUGUACCGGCCUCGACGAACGUGCUGAUAAUGGACUGAUGUUGCCGGGUCAUGUCUAUAUCCACUGCACAAACCUCUCUGAACGCCAGAUGACUCUUAUCGCCGAAAGUCAGGGCAAAAUCUCGAUUGCGAUGGAAACGGAUAUGCAAAUGGGUAUGGGCAUCCCGCCUAUUAGGGCUUGUAUCGAGCACGGUAUUCAGCCAUCUCUCAGCAUUGACACCACGGCCGCCGUCGCGCCGGAUCUUCUGUCUCAGAUGCGUCUGGCUUUGCAAACGCAGCGAUGCCUGGACCACGAAGCCUGCCACGUCCAGCGCCAGGUUCCUAUGAAUUUGGAAUACACGUGCCGCGAUGCCUUGAUUUGGGGAACCCGCAACGGCGCCGAUGCAGUUGGUCUAGGCGACCAGAUUGGCACGCUUUCACCCGGAAAGCGCGCAGAUAUUGUCUUCCUCUCGAACAAGCGCUUCCUGAGUCCCUCGGCGUAUCCCCUUGGUACUGCUGUCCUGCACUCCACUGCUGCUGAUGUUGAUACCGUCAUGGUUAAUGGGGUUAUCCGGAAACGCGAUGGCCACCUUGUCGGACAUGACGUUGAGAUGAUCCGCCAACAGGCCAAAGCUGGGCUGCAACGCAUUCUGGGAAAUCUUGCGACAAUGCGGCCAGAGAUGACCCAAGAGGAAAUCAGCCAGUAUUUGGUGGAUGCUGAACGCUCGUCCCGCGUCAACUUGGCGCAGGCCUAUCUCGAGGAUGCUGGAGGUGAUGGCUUUAGACCAACCUAA